AUGGCGGAGGCUUCACCACAGCCGGGACGGUUCUUCUGCCACUGCUGCUCCGCCGAGAUCGCCCCUCGUCUACCCGACUAUAUCUGCCCACGGUGUGAAUCUGGUUUUAUCGAAGAACUUCCUGAAGAGCCAAGGAACACCGACAAUGAAACCACCUCCUCUACGUCCACUGGUGAGCAGAGCAGGCAUCCCUUUGAGAACGUGGAUCAGCACUUAUUCACCUUGACACAGGGCUAUGGCCAGUUUGCCUUCGGGAUCUUUGACGACAGCUUCGAGUUCCCCUUCGGGUCCAACGUGCAGGCUGAGGACAACAGGGACUCGGAGAACCGGAGGGAGAGGGAGCACCAAUCCCGGCACCGCUACGGCGCCCGGCAGCCCCGCGCCCGCCUGGCCACACGCCGAGCCGCUGGCAGGCACGAGGGGGUCCCCACGCUGGAGGGAAUUAUCCAGCAGCUGGUCAAUGGAAUUAUUGCACCUACCACAAUACCAAACCUAGGACUAGGUCCCUGGGGAGUGUUGCAUUCGAACCCAAUGGAUUAUGCCUGGGGUGCCAAUGGCUUGGAUGCAAUAAUCACACAGUUACUAAAUCAGUUUGAAAACACCGGACCGCCGCCAGCAGACAAAGAGAAGAUCCAGGCCCUCCCCACAGUACAGAUCACACAGGAACACGUAGAUUCCGGGUUAGAGUGUCCUGUGUGUAAGGAGGACUACACGGUCGGUGAAAACGUCCGGCAGUUACCUUGCAAUCACCUCUUCCACAACAGCUGCAUCGUUCCCUGGCUGGAGCAGCAUGACACGUGUCCCGUGUGCCGGAAAAGCUUAAGUGGACAGAACACUGCCACAAACCCCCCGGGACUGACGGGGAUGAACUUCUCAUCAUCCUCCUCCUCCUCUUCCUCCAGCUCACCCAGUAAUGAAAACUCAUCGAACAACUCAUGAAUCUUACUCAACCUCUCCCCCUCCCCUUGCCCCUGGGGCCCUCUUCGUUGUCCUCCCUUCUCUCCCCAGCCCAGCAUAAGCAUCAAACAGGGGCUUCCAGAGCAGAGCCAGGGGAGGAGGAGGGGCAGGGGGGAGGCAGUGCUUCCCUUUUGCUUUCUGAAGACACUGAGUCUCCAGAGAUGAGAAAAGCCUCAAGCCCUGUGCUGGAGGGGGAAGAGCUCUCUCUGUCUGUUAGUAAAAAAAAAAAAAACAUCCAUUUGCCAUGUGGAUUUUUUUUUUUUUAAAGCCAUUGCAGUGAAAGGCAGCAGCUGCUCCUGCCAGGUGGGAACCCUGAAGUGCAGAGCCAGCAGUUGCCAUUCCCAGCGGGAAGGUUGCUUGUAUGGGUUUGACUUUGAAAUUCCUUCCUCUUUAUUUCUUCUUCUCCUGCUCCUCCUCCUCUUCCUCCUCCCCUCCUUGGAUACUCUUCUGCUUUGGAGAUUUGAAGUCUUUAGAAAGAGAGCAUAAGGAUACUGCCUCCCCUCCCAGGGAUCUCCAGCUGGGGAGGGCUAAGAGCUGUCACUGAAAAGAUGAACUUGACAUAGACCUCCCGCUGCCCCCAACACCCUUCUCCCUUUUCCUCUCUCCAGCCUCAUUUUUUUUUUUUGGUUUGU